CGGGUGACAAGGAUCCCGUCCGUAUCUCGCAGCUCACAACCCAGUGGCUCAUCCAGUGGCUGAUCCUGGUGGUGACUGGCUCAUGACUUUGAUGCGACGUCACUGCCAGCCGUCGACGCUUCGUUGUUCCUUUUUUUCUCAUUUUCGCUCACAGUCCAGCACCAGUCGAGACAUAGUGUUGACGAUUCGUUGCUUCACCGUAACCCAACAACUGGAUAUAAACCGAGACCAUGCCCCGUGGCUGAUUGUGUCUCUACCAAACCAUCACAGAACAAACAACGACACCCCCCCCAUAAGCAGGCUCCUACACCAUGGGCGAUCCAGGCAGGAGCUUUAGCACCCAGGUUCACCACGAGUUCCAAGGCAAAUGGGCCCUCAACCGCCGCCGGACCCGAUCACUGAGCAUCAAACUCCCUGACCGCUUCGACAUUGGAACCACCCUCAGUGUAAGUCCAUUCCUAACAUCGACAGAAACCCCCGUGAAAGACGUCCUACGUCCAUUUGCUGUGGAUCUCGGCUCGCUGGUCCAUUACUCAAAACCGCUUUUAACUUUGCCUUCUCACUCACAGGAGUACUGGGCUGGCCUUGCCAUCGAAGAAGAAAGCGACAGAGCACUCAAGAUUGGGAUUGCGAUCCAUGAUGGAACGUAUGGCAUUGACUUCGCGGUUCAUCGCAUCUCCCUGGACGAAGAGGAAGAGCGCGAGAGGAGUGGAGAUGGCGACUGGGUGGCAGACCACAUCAUUGAGGAGCUGUCCCACUACAGGAGGCAACAUGUGUGCAAGAUUCUCGGUGCCGGAGUCAUUGCGAGCGUUCACGAAAAGAGCCCAAACUUAUGCUCGAGGCUUUGGUCCGAGCUGGACAUUGUACCUAUGUUGGUCACGUCCAACCCGCUUGUACAGGCUGGCAGCAGAGGAGUGAGAUCUCAACGGGUGGAUGAAAUUGCCGAUUCAGCAGCCAGGAAGUGUCUCGCCCUAUAUGCUCCUACGAAGCAACCGCGUUUGUCGAUCAGCUUCCAGAACCAAGUCGAAGUCGAUUUGGGAGGUACUAUUCAGCUGACCACCAUCGACGACUACAAGGCAUCCGUCCGAGAGCCAACCUGGCGGGCGGUGCAGAAACACAUCCAAGACGUUGUCGACCGCAAGCUCAGAGUUGUCUUUUUCAGCGCAACACCCCAGGGAGGCGGAGUGGCUCUGAUGCGACACGCUCUGCUUCGAUUCCUGCGACUCUACAACGUGAACGUCGAGUGGUUUGUGCCCAAACCCAGACCCGACGUUUUCCGAAUCACCAAAACAAAUCACAAUAUCUUGCAGGGAGCCGUUCCUCCCGAAAUUCGAGCAUCAGACGAGCAGCUAGGCAAAAUCAAAGAGUGGAUUGUCGACAAUGCCGAUCGGUACUGGCUCGGCGAGGGAGGGCCACUUCUUGCUCCCGAGGACGGCGGUGCCGACGUCAUCAUCAUCGACGACCCUCAGAUGCCAGAGCUCAUUCCCAUUGCGAAGAAGCUGGCACCAGAGCGGCCGAUCAUUUUCCGAUGCCAUAUUGAAGUCCGCGACGACCUGGUCCUCGAGGACGGCAGCGCCGCUCAGCAUGUUUGGCGCAAUAUGUGGUCUAGCAUCAAACAGGCCGACAUCUUCCUCAGCCAUCCGGUGCGGUCCUUCGUCCCACCUGAUGUUCGCAAGGAGACUCUAGGCUGGCUUCCAGCAACCACCGACUGGCUUGACGGUCUUAACAAGACCAUGGAUGACUGGGAUCUGCAGUAUUACUUGCAUAUUCUCAGGCAGGUUUGUCAGGCGCAAAGUCUCCCGCAGCUUGCAUACCCGGACCGCGGCUACUUCACACAAAUCGCGCGGUUUGAUCCCUCAAAGGGGAUUCCCGACGUUAUCAGGAGCUACGCCAAGUUCCGAGAGAUGGUGAAAGACAAACCCAAGGAGAAGAUCCACCAGUUGGUGCUCUGUGGGCACGGGUCGGUGGACGAUCCUGAUGCGACGCUGAUCUAUGAAGAGACCAUGAGUUUGAUUCUAACAGAGUUCCCCGACUUGGUCGAGGACAUCAUUGUCGUUCGACUGGGCCCGAGCGAUCAGAUCUUGAACGCCAUCAUGUCGCUUUGCACCGUCGCUCUGCAGCUAUCAACACGAGAGGGAUUCGAAGUCAAGGUCUCGGAAGCUUUGCAUAAGGUAAAUGGCAAACCAAUCAUUGCGACCCUCGCCGGUGGUAUUCCGCUUCAGGUGGAGGACGGCAAGAGCGGUUACCUUGUCCAACGUGGCGAUCACGAGACUGUUGCGAAGCAUCUAUACAACCUGGUCAACGACAAGGACCUGUACACCCGCAUGAGCGAAUAUGCAAGGACACAUGUCAGUGACGAAGUGCACACCGUUGGGAACGCCCUCAGUUGGAUGUACCUUGCCUCCAGCGUGGCAGGCGGAAAGUCACUGAAACCGAACGAGAGAUGGAUCAACGACCUGGCCCGAGAGGCUGCCGGAGAACCAUAUAAAGAUGACGAGCCACGGUUACCGCGGCACCUCUCCACUUGAUGGACGUCUUGUAACUCUAUGUGUGGGCGUUGCGGGCGAAACGGCUUCAACCUUUAUUCUCCUACUCACUCAUUCAAACUUCAGGCAUCUACAACAGACUGCAACACAUGGGUCAACAAUUUCCUAAUUCCCGCCGACCGGGCUGUGGCUGGAGGCGACUAGACUGGGAAUACUGGAUCCCUCAGAAGAGGGAUAGAGAGAACAAACAACAAGAGAAAGAGUAGAAGCAAGAGCAAGAGAACACGAGGACUUGGGAGCGGCGGCAGACUUGUUGAUAUACAUGCCGCAUGCAAGCCAGUCUCCGACUCUGUACAUCCGAGUCAACAUGGCGGAUGGAUGGGCCACGGCGGUUUCGUUUUCUUCACAAACUCGAGUAACGGCCAAUGACACAAUCAUGUACAAACACGUGGCUAUUGUUGUAAUUGCUCAGAAAUCAGAUGCGCGGCCCAUGCUGACUGUGGAGGUGCAUGUGAGGCUGUAUCUUGGGUGAAAUCGUCCCUCUGCUUCCCGGCACUGCCGAGCCUUGAUAUGCUCCGCGCCUUCGCCUGAUG